CCCUCUGCCCCCUCAUAUAAGAAUCAGUGCAUCGCGUGUGCUGGGACCAGUGCCAAACGGAUUGUGAAUCUGUGCAGACUGUUUUUUCGAUUGUGACAACUCUUCAGGUGAUCAGAAUCGGUGGCGUAUCGUGCGACUGAACGCUGGAGCACACGCGCACCGUCCGCAGUAUCCAUGUCUAUAUACGCAUGUAGAUGUAUAUAACGCACGUGUAUCUAUUACUUACAUAUAUACGUACUAAUCGCUGACGCGAGAAGACCCGCGAAGGAUACACCGGCAUUACUUCUGCCUUGAGGCUGUGCGUUCGCGAGUGUUCGCGUGAUAGAUAGUUAUGCGAUCACGAUGAUUGUGAAGAACGCGAUAGAAAAUCAAUUGAUGCCAAUGGAGAUCAUACUCAUCCGCGAUCAGAGGACUACGUCCCACCGGGUCCAUGACCAGGCGAGUCCUGUUAUGAGAGUCAACGCGCUAAUAUCAAAGUCAGCGAUCUCAUCGUUGAAACAAACCAAAUAUCAGGGCAUCGUUGCGAGACGCCAUUGCAUUAAAGCGAUAACCGCGAAAACGCUUAAACGAGAGAAAAAGAGUGAUUCGCACCUCAUGCCAACAUUUUAUCAUGACCGAAGAACACAACAUUCUAACGAAUCCUUCAGCGUACUCAGAUUUCUAAGGUUAGGCUGUGCGUUGGUGAUUAUACUAGCGACGCUGUCAGUGCGAAGUGCUCCGAUAAUGAAUUCCCCGAACAAAACGGAUGAUAUGAAAUGGGUGAAUCCUUGUGGUGUCUCUACCAAAUUACGAACAAACGGCUCCAAUCCGGACAUUGCUCAGUUGGAGGACCAUGAUCUCCUCAACCAAAUAGUACUCCAAGCGAGAACAGCAUUAAAGCAUGCACAACUAUUUAGAGAUGAAUUUAUCAGACAAACUUUCAAGACGGACUUCGCCAGCGUCCACAAUUUGUGGAGGAAAUAUCAUUACGCUUGGCUGCCUACACGAUCUGAAAUACCCAAAGAACUGGGAGAGGAACUGGAUAAGGAACAUCUUAACAAAUUGGAUAUUAACACGUCUCUCGUCGAUGCGUAUGAAUAUAUGCAGAAAUAUGCGGUGGGCUUAGAGCAGGUAGUUUUGGAUCAAAAGGAUUAUCAGCCUAAGUAUCAUCAGAAAUUCACAGAAGCCGAAUGGAAACUUCGAGCGGUUCUGUGUGAGAUCCAAGUUGCUAUAGAAGAACGUAGUGUAACGCGACGGCCGGACGUCACUCGAGAUGUUAUGACAUCUGAUUUCCGAACGAUGACAGACAUGACGUCCCGUGAUCUGCGUGACUGGCUGAUUUUCCGCGAAUACAUGAAUGGUCUCGAAUACGUGAUACAAGUAUUUUCACAUCUACGCCUACGUCUGUAAUCUGUACAAUUAUGAAGAUCCGUAAAAAGCCGAAGAAGGGCUACAAGACGACGCUCUCAUCUUACAAAAUUAACGUAGUUACUAAUGGCUCCAUUUUCCUGAGGAGAAGAAAUAUAGGGAAGAGGAUAGAAGGAUCUUCCGAUUAUCUUCUAAUUAUCAUUUAAAGAGCAAUUUUAACGAAAUGUGUCUCUGCAACAAGGAUCGGGCUAUUUGUUGGUAUCGACGAUGAGAAUCAAUAUUGUCGAACCGACUAAUAUACCGCAUCACAAUAUCUACAUUAAGCUUCUAUGAUAACUUUGAAAUAGAAGUGCCAUCAAUGCUCCCGACACUUCAAUUACCAUCCUUUUCGAUACUCUUUAAUGGUACUUCGUACGGAACAAGAUAGAAUGGAGAAAAAAAGGAACAAAA